CUUGAUCCAUUUCGCCCAUUUAUCAGCUCAAGUCAUCCUCCUCAGUCACACAGAUAGCCAUGACCAAGCAUCAGCCAUUCAAAGAGGUCGAAGCAACAAGACCGGACUUUCAUUCUGACGUCGAUCCGUCUUUUACCAAGGCUCCCAACCCCGACUUCAAACCCGGGCAAGGAUUGAAUAACCUUGUAAGCUUCCCACCUUGAUGGCAUGAUUUGGAAGCCCUAUCUCAUGUCGCUCGAGUUAAUGUCGACCUCAGCCCAGCGCCGGUGACUUCAGCCCCACCGAGAAGGGGUGGAGGUCUAUCAUUCCCGAGAAUGAGUCAGGGGCAGAUGUGUACAAGAUGAUGAUCUCGGCCAUCACUCCUCGGCCUAUAGCCUUUGUUUCAAGCCUUGGAGAUGAUGGCAAGGCUAACCUGGCUCCCAUAUCAUACUUCAACACUGUCAGCCAUGACCCUCCUACGAUCAUGAUCUCUAUAGCUGCUGGUCAGCGAUCAGAUGGCCUCAAAGACACUAGUCACAACAUCAAGGACACCAAAGAGUUCUGUGUCUCAAUCAUCUCCGAGCCCUUCAUAGAAGCCGCCAACUACACCUCAAUUGAUGCACCACCCGAGGUAGACGAAUGGGCGCUAUCUGGACUGACCCAGCGCUCUUCAGAGACUGUUAGCCCUCCCCAUGUAGCCGAGUCCGCCUUCUCAAUGGAGUGUGAGGUCAGCCAUUGGCAUGACUUGGUAGGCAGUCAAGGGAAAACGACUUCAUCUGUCAUACUGGGCAGGAUCAAGCGCUUUCAAGUGAGGGAGUUUGUGCUCGAUCCCGAGGAUCCUAUGAAGAUUCGCACCGAGAAAUUGCGUCCUGUCUCCAGACUGGGAGGUAUCUCCUACUCACGCAGCACACAAAUGUUGGAGCUUCCUCGACCAGUCUGGAAGCAAGUGCAGGAUACCCCUGAAGUCAAGGAAGCGCUCAAACAGGGCGCGAACAAGCAAGGCGCACCUGCCAAGUAG